GGCGCCUCUCAACAGGGAAGGCUCGGGCGGGGACGAGGCAGCGGCUGCGUGCGUGGAUUCCGGCUGCGCAGCGGGACCGGGAUCGCGGGGCAGGGACCUGGGUACUCCUUGCAGGCAGGCCGGCUGCUGUCGCGCGAGGCUCGUCAAUCACCGCGCAUUGCCAUGGUGACUGGUUCUGGGAGGGGAGCCCGCCCUCCGGUUGCCAUGGCGGCACCAGGACCUGCCGGGGCUCCCUCCAGAGGAAGUUGCCUGCGAAGACUUGUGGUAAAUGUAGUUCAGGAACGUCCGCAGGUGCCAGCCGGCUUGGCGAAGGCCCAACUUUCUCCCAGGGUUUCAGGGUGACCUGGAAUCUUGAGCAGAGGUUUGAUUCGGGAUCCGGCGGCCCUCGGUAUCGAAUCCACUCCCUUAAUACACUAGAUUUCUUCACAAAUCCCGCUCUUUAUCCCUAGCUGUAGAAGGAGCAGCACGGGUGCGGAAGGGGGCGGUCAUUCACAUUUGCAGAUGGGGAAACAGCUUUACAGAGGCACAGCGACCUGCCAAGUUUACAUGGCAAAUAAGCUGGAUCAAAAUCUCCGACCUUGCUUGCAGACUCCCAUUCCAGUGGUCUCAGGGCCUUUGUGGGCCCCCUGAAAGCUCCCCAUCACCUUCUAGCCCGAUUUAAAAUCAAGAAGCUGAAGAGAUUAUGGGACAUUGUGUGGUGUGAUAAGUUGGGCUCAGAGAAUGGGGCUGAAUGGGGGGAAGAUGCUGCCUGAGGGCUGGGACACACAGAUGACCUUGCACAGGUGGAGAAGGGGGGAACAGGUGGAGGUAGGCUGCUCUCUAGAACCAGCUGGGAGGGAAAUGGUCUGAAAGACUGGGUGGAAGAGUGGAUGGUGCAAUGAUGGGCUGGUGUUGGGGGUGGGGAGUAGUGGUGCUGAUAUCCAGAUGGUGGGUGUUGUAAGUGUCAUUCACCUAGUAGAAGGAGAUCUCCAGGGCAGGGAUGAAAUGGUUCAUACAGAAAAAGGGCAGUAUUUAGAGAAGAGAGAAAGUAUCUUCUGGACUUAAAAAGCAGUCUGUGUUUGGAGCAGAGACUCUCCACAGGCCCAGCUAGAGAGGCCAGGGACACAGGUGGCUCUUCGAGGGCCUAACAGCCCCACAGGUCCCUGACAUGUGAGCACCUUUCUGUGCCUCAGUUUCCUCACAUGCAUCUCACUGGUGGCAAGUCUGAGGAUCAAACAGCACAGCGUACAGUAGGCACUCAGUAAGCAUUUGCUGGCACUGUUUGUUCUCAUCACAGCAACCUCAUCCCGUUCCUCCCCGGGGCAGACACUGGCCUCAGAGCCCCGGCCCGGUCAUUACGAUGAGGCCCACAGCACUGGGCUCCCCAGGCCAUGCACCCCCGGAAGACGACGGACCUGUCAUGGUGAAGCUGGAGGACUCUGAGGAGGAGGGUGAGGCUGUCCCGUGGGAUCCCGGCCCAGAGGCUGCACGCCAGCGUUUCCGGCACUUUCGCUAUGAGGAGACAAUGGGUGCCCGAGAGGCCCUGGCCCGCCUCCGGGAGCUGUGCCGCCAGUGGCUGCAGCCAGAAGUGCACUCCAAGGAGCAGAUGCUGGAGUUGCUGGUGCUGGAGCAGUUCCUGGGCACCCUGCCCCCUGAGAUCCAGGCCCGCGUGCGGGGACAGUGGCCAGGCAGCCCUGAGGAGGCUGUGGCCCUGGUUGAGGGGCUGCGCCAGGAGCCGGGAGGACCCCGGAGAUGGGUCACAGUCCAAGUGCAGGGUCAGGAGGUGCUAUCAGAGAAGAUGGAGCCCUCUGACUUCCAGCCCCUCCCUCAAACCAAGCCUCGGACUCCAGAACCUAGGCCUGAGAUGCCCCCUGGGGCCAUGCAGGAGUCACCGCUGGGCCUUCAGGUGAAAGAGGAGCUCGAGGUUACAGAGGACCCAGAGCUUCUGGAUUCUGGGCCUCUAGCCAACCCCCAGGAGGCCACUUCCACUCUCCUGCCUGAGGAGGCCCAGGGCUGUAGGAUGGCGCUGGACCAGGCCCUUCCCCAGAGUGAAACCAGGCCUGAGGGGCCCUCAUGGAGGGAGCACCCUGGGGCCCUGUGGCAGGAGGAAGCCGGGAACAUCUUCUCCCCAGGAUUUGCGCUCCAGAUGGACAGCAUCUCUGCUGGCCUAGGCACUGUGAGCCCCCACCUCCACGUUCCUUGGGACCUCGGGGUGGCCGGCCUCACCAGCCGACUCCAGUCACCCUCCCGAGAAAGUAGCUUCUCGCACACGCUUGUGCUCCCCAAUGACCCGGGAGGUGAGCAGAACCCCACGGGCCUGGAUCCCCACCAGGGCGUGGGUCCGGUGCUGGCCACCGUCCGCUGGCGCGCCCCCAGAGGUCGCAGCCGGGGCCGGCCCAGCACAGGCGCUGGAGCGGUGCGAGGCGGCCGCUGCGACGUGUGCGGGAAGGUGUUCAGCCAACGCAGCAACCUGCUAAGGCACCAGAAGAUACACACGGGAGAGCGGCCGUUCGUGUGUGGCGAAUGCGGCCGCAGCUUCAGCCGCAGCUCACACCUGCUGCGCCACCAGCUCACGCAUACUGAGGAGCGUCCGUUCGUGUGCGGCGACUGCGGCCAGGGCUUCGUGCGCAGCGCACGCCUGGAGGAGCACCGGCGCGUGCACACCGGUGAGCAGCCCUUCCGCUGCACCGAGUGCGGCCAGAGCUUCCGGCAGCGCUCCAACCUGCUGCAGCACCAGCGCAUCCAUGGCGACCCCCCAGGUCCCGGCGCUGCGCCCCCCACACCCCGCGACGCGCCUGAGCCCCCAGGCCCCUUCCCGUGCAGCGAGUGCCGGGAGAGCUUCGCGCGGCGCGCCGUGCUGCUGGAGCACCAGGCCGUGCACACGGGCGACAAAUCCUUCGGCUGCGUGGAGUGCGGCGAGCGCUUCGGCCGCCGCUCGGUGCUGCUGCAGCACCGGCGCGUACACAGUGGAGAGCGGCCCUUCGCCUGCGCCGAGUGCGGCCAGAGCUUCCGGCAGCGCUCCAACCUCACGCAGCACCGGCGCAUCCACACGGGUGAGCGGCCCUUUUCCUGCGCUGAAUGCGGCAAGGCCUUCCGCCAGCGGCCCACGCUCACGCAGCACUUGCGCGUGCACACGGGCGAGAAGCCCUUUGCCUGCCCCGAGUGCGGCCAGCGCUUCAGCCAGCGUCUCAAGCUCACGCGCCACCAGCGGACGCACACGGGUGAGAAGCCGUACCACUGCAGCGAGUGCGGCCUGGGCUUCACGCAAGUCUCACGGCUCACCGAGCACCAGCGCAUCCACACGGGUGAGCGGCCCUUCGCCUGCCCUGAAUGCGGCCAGAGCUUCCGGCAGCACGCCAACCUCACGCAGCACCGGCGCAUCCACACGGGUGAGCGACCCUACGCGUGCCCCGAGUGCGGCAAGGCCUUCCGCCAGCGGCCCACGCUCACGCAGCACUUGCGCACCCACCGGCGCGAGAAGCCCUUCGCCUGCCAGGACUGUGGCCGCCGCUUCCACCAGAGCACCAAGCUCAUCCAGCACCAGCGCGUCCACAGUGCAGAGUAGUUAGCGCUCACUAGACCCUUCUCUGCAUCCACCUCGGUCCUCUGUGUGGGAGAGGGUAGAACACCUACCUCACAGGGUUGUUGUGAGGCCUGUGAUCGCUUCGGUACAAGCAGGCCCGCCCAGGGUCUGACCCCCAGUAGGUGCUCAAUAAACAGGAGACGGAACCUGGGUCUGGGUCUCUCCCCACUCAGUGCCUCCCCACUUGUGCGAGUCCCUCUCUGCUCACCUCACCCACCCACCACUUCCUCUGCAACAGUGUGGUUCCAUGACUCUCCGCGGAGGUCGCUCCUAACAGCACCUGCCCUCGUCUGUGGGGUGCCCCCAUGUACCAGGCCUCCUAUACUAUUGGCCCAUCACGCUUUUCACUCACACAUCCACGGGCCAAGCCAGCUGCCAGGCAAGGACCUGAACUGGCCGGCCCAGUUCUCCCCAGCCAGCAGAGAUCAUCAGAUGCAGAAGUAGAAAAUGUGCCCAGAAGGACAGAGCCGGGCUGGGGAUGUGUGUUUGUAAAACUUUAAAGCUAAGAAGCCAUUUCUUAGGUGUAAAAGCUGGUAGGUUUUAUCUGGAAAUCCAGAUUCUUUAUGACUUUUCCCCUCUUCCCGCAUGUGUACCAUCAGCAGGUGUUGAGGAUGGGGGCCCCUUUGGGCAGGACCCCAGCCAGUCUGGGAAUUGAAGUUGGCCACAGGCCCCAGGCCAGUUCCCUAGCCCUCUAGUGAUCAUUCCCAUCCCAUGAGCCACAGUCUCCUCCCACCAUGG